GGAACCGAGAUGCAUGUGAUUCCUGAUGAAGGAGGGACGUUUAUCACUGCACAAGCAAGGAACAGUGAAUCAGAAGAUACCGGAUUUUCUUUCGUGCAUUGUAAAAUAGAUGGAACUGGCAGUGGGACGCAUUUGGGACGAGCAUGGAUGUCAAGGCCACGGGUAGUGUUUGCUUACACUACCAUGGGUAGUGUUGUUAAUCCUGAGGGAUGGUCCAAUAAUUUCCACCCUGAACGAGAUCAGACGGUUUUAUUUGGAGAAUACAAGUGCGAGGGGCCAGGAGCUGACCCCAAGGGCCGUGCUAGAUCUGGCAGGCAGCUAACCCCUGACCAAGUAGCACCCUUCAUUUCUCUUGGCUUUAUUGAAGGUUCCAAAUGGCUGCUUCCUCCUCCAAAUUAA